AACACAUGGGUAAACAUGGCGGAUGUGUAGAGUACAAUGUGAGCAAGAUUACUUCAUUCUUUCGCUAAAUGUCUCCUUGAAUACAGACAACGUUUUGCACUAAUUUUUUUUUUUCGAGGCCCUUAUUACAAUGGCGUUGGUUAGCCGUUUUCUUCGGUGUCAUUUGCCAGUAGUAACAGGACUUCGCUCCUUGAUCAACUCAAGUCGUGCUGGAAUAAACAUAUUACCGUCAUGUCAGGUGCCAUUCAAGCGCUGGUAUUUUCGUGCAGUACCUCUAGCUCCUCCGCCAAAGCCAAAACCUCUGGACAUAGAAACAUUGCCUAGCUAUGGUGUGUUCAGUCCAAGUGUUUGUAAGUUUAUUUCUGUGAGAGAUUAUGAAAACCGCGACUCAGGAAUUCUGGCCUGGGUGACAUCCCUCACUGGGGAAGAUCCUUUAGGAAUUAUAGAGUUAAAUGAAUUUGUUUUUGGAACAAACCCAAGAAUUGACAUUUUACACAGAGUUGUUGUUUGGCAAAGAGCUAAAAAGAGAGCAGGUACUGCUAAAGUCAAGAACCGUAGUGAGAGGAGAGGAGGUGGAAGAAAGCCUUGGAGACAGAAAGGAACUGGGAGAGCUCGGCAAGGCAGCAUAAGGGCUCCUCAGUGGAGGAAAGGUGGCAGGGUACAUGGUCCUGUACCAAGGAGCUACAAAUACUCAUUACCAAAAAAAGUCAGGAGAAUGGGUCUGCGAACAGCUCUGUCAGUCAGAUAUGCUCAGGGUGACUUGCACAUUGUUGAUUCAUUUGACGACAUUGAGAGUGAUCGGGAUUUAAUUCCACUUCUGGAGAAGAGAGGCUGGACAGAUGCUGUCCUUGUUGAUUCCAAACAAAAUGAAAUUCUAGUGGAAGCCGCUGCAGAGAUGGAGAGAGUUGAUGUGCUAUGUCAGAAAAAAUUGGAUGUUUACACAAUAUUACUCCGAAGGAAUAUCAUCUUAACCCUAGAUGCUGUCCAGGAGCUGGAAGAUUAUUACUGUGAGGAUGACAGAAUACUUAGAAAUCAGUUUGACUAGUUUUUCCUUUUUCCAGUGUGAUCACUGUGUAAAUAAUAUUGCAGUUUGUUAGUAAAACAAAAUUGAUAACACAG